CAUGGUACCUCUCCCUUAUGACGAUUCUUUGAUGGUCAAAGAUGAUCUGCGGUGGGUGUCUUUGUUAUUGUCUUUAAGUACUUGGAUAUCUCAGGGAUAACAAUCGGUAACCAUACUGAUUGGUUUCAUCCAAUUAACAUGUUACCUUCUUUGCUAACACUUAACUUGGCCUCAUGUGAUAUCAAUAUCUCCUCCAUAAAAUUCAUCAAUUUCACUUCUCUUAAUUCACUUGAUCUCUCUUCUAAUGGUAUAAACUCCACCAUUCCUCUCUGGUUAUCAAAACUUCAUGGCCUUAUGCAUCUAAAUCUUAACCAAAACAAGUUACACGGCCGAAUUCCUGACUUUAUUGGAACCUUGAGCUCACUUUCUUCGAUCGACCUUUCAUUAAAUCAAUUGUCUGGUCCAAUACCUCCCUCACUUAGUAGCUUAUCAUCAUCAUUAAGAGUCCUCUAUCUUUCAAGUAAUAAGUUGACUGGGAGUAUACCGGAAAACAUUGGACUACUUACGAGACUACAAGAGCUAUCUUUUUAUCAUAAUCAAUUGAGUGGGAGCAUACCGGAAAGCAUUGGACUACUCAAAAGGCUAGAAGUGCUCGAUCUUGAUAAUAAUCAAUUGAGUGGGAACAUCCCCAUUAGUCUUGCUCAACUUUCAAACCUCCAAGGCAUAUAUCUUGCAAGUAAUCAAUUGAGUGGGAACAUUCCCACUUUUCUUGGUCAGCUUUCAAACCUCGUUGCCGUAUCUGUUGUUAGCAACUCAUUUAAUGGGGUUCUUUCUGAAAUUCACUUCACCAAACUCAACAAAUUAACCCAUUUGUGGUUCUCUAAUAACUCAUUAACGUUGAAUUUCAGCCCUAAUUGGAUUCCUCCAUUCCAAUUGAAGUAUUUCGGUGCAAGCUCUUGCAACAUCGCACCCCAAUUCCCGAGUUUGAUUAAGAAAUCAAUAGAUCUUAAAUCUUUAGAUCUUUUAAAUUCGAGUAUUAGAGAUAACAUACCAGAGUAGUUUGAGAACAUCUCCUCUCGUAUUCAGUACUUGGAUUUGUCCAACAACCACAUCCGUGGAAAUCUGCCAAGAAUAAAGAA